AUCAUUAACACUAUAAGUUAUCCAAGUUAAACAUUUGAUUCAAUCUUGAAAAAUCCUUACAAAAUGCGUUUAUUUGCCAUUUUAGUUCUUGCUCUUGUUGUCUACUCUGUUUCAGGAGCCAACCUUGGGUCGCAAAACAAGUUGACCAAAGGUAGUGGUACCAAAACUAAUUCAGGUGUAAAGUCUGUGUCGCCAGACAAGUCGAAAAAUGAUGCUGAUGAAAGUGAAAGUGAAAAAAGCAGCAACACCACUGUUGAAAAAUAUGAAACUGGAAAGAUUGAAAGAUUGCUAGCAGAGAUCCAAGAGCUUUUGGCAAACGCAGAAGAAGGGAAUGAAUCUGAACCUUCAAAGGACAAACCAAAACCUCAAAUGAACAAACCUAAACCUUCAAUGAACAAACCUAAACCUCCAUGUUACAAACCUCACCCACGAUUCGACUUUCCUUCCCACCCUUCGGCUUCCCACGGCUCUCAUUCUAACUAGCUUCAUUAUGGAUUAUGACCAUUCCCUGGAUUGGACCCUCAAAAUUCUGUCACACAACAUGUACAUGAACGAUUCGAUGGCAAUCCAGGAUUUGAUAUUUGACGAAAGGGGUGAUUUAUAAUAAGUUUAACUAGAUGUAUUACAUUGAGUUGCCUUUACAAAUCAAUAAACUAACUA